AUCAUACAAACAACAUAUAAAAAUGAAAGUAUUCAAAGACAUUUUAGGUUAUUACCAUGAUGAAUUAUUAUCAGACGCCUUCGAAAUCGAAGAAAAAGACGUUGUCUAUGAAGUCAAAACUAAAAUGAUCACCAAAGAUCUUGAUGUUAAAGUUGAUAUUGGUGCUAAUGCCUCAGAAGAAGAAGGUGAUGAAGGUGUUGACUCAGCUGGUUUAGUCCAAGUUAACAAUUUAGUCGACUCUAUGCGUUUAACUGAAACUUCAUUCGAUAAAAAGGGUUAUUUAACUUACAUCAAAGGUUACAUGAAAGCUUUAUCAGAUAAACUUAGCGAAACUAACCCAUCACGUGUUGAUGCCUUCAAAUCAGGUGCUCAAGAAUACAUCAAAGGUAUGGUUGGUCAAUUCUCAGAAUACAAAUUCUAUCAAGGUGAAAACAUGGACGCUGAUGGUUUAGUUGUCUUAUCAUACUACAAAAACCCAGAAGACCCAGCCCCAACCUUUGUUUACUUCAAAGAUGGUUUAGAAGCUGUCAAAUAUUAAAUUUUUAUUUAUAUAAAACAGUUUUUAAAAUAAAUUAUUCUAGAAUUUUGUAAAACUUA